GGCCUGAGGGCUGGCUCCUGCCCUGGCAGGAAGCUGUGCUCACGUGCUCGCCUUCAUCUCCCCUCUGUUAGUGCCAGGCACAGCCAGGCAGAAGCUGGAGAUGGCCAUAAGCAGGGCUGUGGGUGCCUGACUCUGGCCUGAUCCAGAAACCCUAUUUCCCGAGUCUCCCCAUUCUUGGCAGCCUCUGGCAAUGGACUAGCGUCAUAGAACAAGUUUGAGGAACCUCGCUCUUGGUGGCCAGAAAACACAGAACCAGAUGCAGCCAUGGAAGAAGCCACUCGAUGACUGAGAAAGUUAGGCGGAUAUAAUUGGAAGUGUGUGAAGAGGAAUCUUUUGCUGUUUUCCGUAGAGCUUUUCUAUAUUUGGGGACAUUCCUACAUUAUGACCACCUCCUCCCAACAUUGACGCCGGAACUCAAAUUUCCAGCCUCCCUUGCAACUGGGAUGCAGGCAUAUGACUUGAGCCCCACCAACCAGAUGUGCUGUGAGACAAUUCAUUCCUGAAUGACCCUGGAAACAGAGGGGGAAUUCUUAUAAAUCACAAAGGAAAAUAAAUAACUUCACCCAUGGAGGGAAAGAGACAGCUUGAGAAAAGGGACUUUGGAAAAAGGCUGUCUCUAGACAGCAGUCUUGUGGAAUACAUGGACUCCAAUAAAUACAUUGAGCAUCUGCUAACUCAACUUGAGGAGAAACACAGAAGUCUCUGGAGGGAGAAGCUGGCGGUGGCCCGACUGCAGCGAGAAGUUGCCGAAAGGAGAAGUGAGGGGGCCAUGCAUGAGAAGCUGAUACAUGAAUUGGAAGAGGAGAGACACUUACGUCUUCAGAGUGAGAAGCGGUUGCAGGAGGUAACACUGGAGUCUGAGCGCAGCCGGAUUCAGAUGCGCGGCCUGCAGCAGCAGUUCUCCAGGAUGGAAGAAACAGUACGAAAUCUAUUGCAGAGUCAAGGACCUCCAGAGCAGAAAAAAGAAGACACUGUUAAUAUAAUGGUCUAUCAGGAAAUGCUGUCAGAAGAUGAAAGAAAACACAAAGAAGCUUUGGAAGAUCUUCACAUGGCAGUCGAUGAAGACUCGAGGAGCGAAAGCAGCAGUGCGGACGAGGGCAAAGAAAAGACCAAACUGCUGUUGGAAAGACUGAAAGCUCUAGAGGCAGAGAAUUCAGCAUUGGCUUUGGAAAAUGAGAAUCAAAGGGAGCAGUACGAGCGAUGCCUCGACGAGGUAGCCAACCAAGUUGUUCAGGCUCUACUCACUCAAAAGGAUCUAAGGGAGGAAUGUGUAAAGUUGAAAACACGAGUGUUCGAUUUGGAACAACAGAACCGAACGUUAAGUAUCCUGUUCCAGCAGCGACUCAGGCCAGCCUCCGACCUGCUCCUCCAGAAACUUCACUCACGCAUCUUAGAUCUUUCAUCCGGAGAUUUGCUAGCAGAGGUGGAACAGAGCCGAAGUCUGACACAGACACGAAGUGAUGUUGAGACGCAUGAAUGCCAGCUGAGCGCCAAGUCAGGAGCCCCUGCUUUGAAAGGCCCUGGCGUGGGGGUUGUCCUCCCCGGGCACCUCUGUCCCCGCAGUCGCUGCAGCAGCAGUGAGCUGUCUCUCUCCAGCACCUGCAGCGAGUACUCCAGCGGCUCCUCCUGCACAUGGCACGAUGGGAAGAACCUCAGGAGAAGGCCAUCAUCACAAAACUGGGAUAAAAGGCUAAGUAUUGACUCCUCGCUCCCAAGUGGCUUCGCUAGUCCUACCGACGAACUACCUCUGACGCGAAUCAAGGAAAGCCACAUUCUGGAAGGACUGAGAAAGCUGCAGAAGCGAACAGUGUUACUUGAACCCCCCUCCGUGAUAACCAAAUGGGGCUAUAAAGAUUGCAUGAACUCCAAUGAAGGAAUAUAUUCUCCAGGAAUCAAGAGUAGCCCCAAGGAGCAUCCCCCCUGCAACACAGCAGACAUGGGGGGCGUCUGCAAGGAGCCCCACCAGGCAUUUGUUUAUGACACAGAUUCCCACGAGGACGCCGAUGAGGACUCUACCUCCUUAGCGUGGGCCCAGGCCUUUCCCAGCCAGGUCUGCAGGCUGCAUGGCUGUCAACUGACCCACAGCGUUUCCGACAGCCUGUUCAGCUGGGAGCUGAACGGAAGACACUUUUCAGAAGGCGUUUACCCCCGAGAGAGACCGGGAAAGCGGGGAAGCGGUACCAGCAGCUGUCCCUCGGAGAGGCAGCUGUGCCCACGUUUGCAGGUGCCUCAGGGACAGAGCGAGGGGGGUCCCCGCAGCCGGGGCCGCGUGGCUGUCAGCCUCCAGCUUUCAGACACGGAUGACAACGACACCCUCGACGAGCUGCACAUCGGGAGCAGCGACGAGAAGAGCCCCUCAGACCUGUCAUUGGCCACUGACACCGACAAGUCCACGGAGAACCUGGACACCCUCGUGGGGCUGGGGAGACCGCCGCUCGGGCCUCCCGGGGAGGAGGAGCGCGCGCCCAGCCACGUGGAGAGGCCGAGGACGCUGGGCCUCCUGCGGCGGCAGCGGGUGGUCAGGAGGACGUCUUCGGAGGAGUGUGUGACCGUCGUAUUCGAUGCCGAGGAUGGCGAACCCAUUGAGUUCAGCUCUCAGCAGACGGGGGUUGUCACUGUCACCAGGAACGAGAUCGCCAUCGCCCAGGCCCCGCUCCCCACGGCGGGGCACACGGACCGCACGGCUCAGGGAACCGCUGGCCUCCAGCCCGGAGCAGCCGCGCGGGGCCGGGCCUUCGCCUUCGCAGGGAGGCCCGCUGGGGAGGCCGCCGGCUGCACCCCGGGGGGCGGCGUGGGGACGGUCCCUGUCCCUGUCCCCGAGGCAGCCGCCGCCGAGCCCCUCGGCCCCGGGAUGGCACCACCAAACCCUCCAAGGCAGAAACCAGCCAGACCCACGCGGAACUGCGCGUCCCCGGUGGCCAUGGCCAUCUGCCAGAAGCCAAGUCAGACAAAAAUCCCAGCCAGGGGCAAGCCCCCGCCUCAGAAACCCAAGCUCAUGGCGCCCGAGGCCGGCAGGAGGGGCCCCUCCUCUGGCCCCGUGACCCCCGAGAGGCCGCCAGGCCCGGCUCCGGGGAAACUGCCCCGCGGCAGGAGGCCCGAGGGCCCCGCGCCCCGCUGUGACCUGCAGCCGGACCCACACUUUGCAAAGCACGGUCCCCAGACAUCCCGCAGGAGGGAAGGGGCCCAGGGCCCCACCGGUCAGCUGUCGGCGCCCCUCGGUGCGCCCCGGGACCACGGAGAGCCCCUCCCGAGGGACAGGCGCCGCGGCCCUGGCCCCGAGGCCGGGCCCACAUCCCCUCCCCCGCCACCCCCGCCGGGCCGGUCAGUCUCCCUACUCAUCAGGCCCAGGUAUGACCAUGUGCCGCCAGCUCCGCCUGCCCGGCCCGAAGCCAGGGUCCCCCUCGAAGCAGCAAGGGCUGCCCUCAGACCCCCCCUCCUGAAAGGAUCCUCUGCGCCUGUUCUUUCCUCGAGUCAGGCCGAAGUGCCGGGGAGGAAACCGUCCGUGGCCUUCCAGAAGCCCCUCCUCGCUCACCCCCUGAACCCCCCAGAAACGGGGAUGCAAACCAGAUGCCCCGCAUACACGCCCUCCGGCUCAUUGGUCAUGAUGGCCCCGGGGCUCCCUAAAGACUCUCCAAAGAGAGGGGUCCCCCAAACCCCAUCUCAUCAAACACUUGGGGCCACACACACAGAUGCGGGGUUACGGGUCCCCAAGAACUGCCCUGCAGCCCAUGAGCCACUGGAGACAGCAGCCUCCGAGAGUCUGUCUCCAGGAAGACAAGGACCCGCGGAUGACAGCGGCUCCGCAUCGCCCAAGCCUGCCUUCUUGGGGGUGAACGAGUCGCCACCAUCUCAGGGGAACGGUCCCUCCGCCUCCUCCAGAAGCCAUAGCGCCCCCCACGGGGGUGCCAACCCUCCCGAGAAGGGGGUGAGGCCGCGCCUGCCGGCCGGGCUCCAAGUCCUCCUGAAGUCCCCGCAGCCGCUCCGGAGGAGCUGCACGGUGCCCGGGAAGCAGGAGAAGGACAGUCUCAACGAGGCCUCCAGGAGCUCCGUGGCCGCAAGCAAGGCGAGGCCGGCACCCUCGGGGAGCCCCACCGGCCCGGAGGCCGCGGUGGGCGCGGGGCACGGCCCGCCGCUGGGUGUACAGGCAGCGGACCGCCUGGCCAGCGCGCUGCCCCCGGAGGCUGGGACCUCAGAGACCCUGGAACAUCGCGCCCCUGGGGCCGCUGGAAACGAAGGGGCGGAAAGCAGGUCCGUGAAGAGAUCUCUCUCCUCCAACAAGCCCCACCUGAAGCCGGCUCUGGGCAUGAACGGGGCGAAGGCCCGCAGCCAGAGCUUCAGCGCCCACGCGGGGGACAAGCCGCCCACGCCGCCCAUGGAAGGGCAGGGCCGGGUCCGAACUCAGAUCAUCACCAACACGGCGGAGAGAGGCAGCUCCCUCACCCGGCAGGGCUCCUCCGAGGGCUCCCCGAGCAAAGCCCCGGCCGCCCCCACGCCCGAGGGGCUCCCCGGGGGCGCGGGGAGGCUCCCGCAGGCGCCCUCCGGGCAGGGCUCCCUGGGCAGCACGGGCAGCGCCUGCAGCCCGCAGGGAAGCCCCAGCAAGUUGCCUGUGCGGAUCCCUCCACCUUCCGAGGGGCUCCCCGCCCCGCCUGGCCCGGAAGACCCGCGGGCCUGCACCCAGGGAGGCUGCCCAGGUGCGGCUGCGCCUGAGGGAGCAGGCCGUGACCCCUGCGGGGGCCCACCCGCCACGGCAGGCUGCCCACGGGCCCCGCAGAGCCCAGGGAGCACACAGUGCCCAAGCGGUUUUGCAACCGGCAGGACCGCCAAGCUAGAAGCUUCUGGAAGGCAUCCAGAUCCUUCUAUAACCAGGACUGCUGCUGCGAGCCCAGAAGCCCCCCUCUCACCCUCCAUCGAAGAAAAGGUCAUGUUGUGCAUUCAGGAAAACGUGGAGAAGGGCCAAGUGCAGACAAAGGCCACGUCUGUGGAAGCCAAGCCGCGGCCCGGGCCUUCCUUUGCCAGCUGGUUUGGUUUUCGGAGGAGCCGACUCCCCGCUCUCAGCAGCAGGAAAAUGGAGGCCUCCAAACCCAAAGUGGAGAAGAAAGACGCGAAGGGCUUGGGCUUUGGACACAGGCAGCUGAAAGCAGAGCGGAAAAAGGAGAAAAAGAAGCCUGAGGUGGAGAGUGAGCUUCGCAGGGACGCGGAGCUGGCGGUGCCUCCAGACGCCGGCUUCCACAGCAAAAGUAGUCGGAAGGCAGCACAAGACAUUUACGAGCAAGUGAAGUUUGAAGAACUGAGAAAUAGACCCAGUCCUGUUGCAUGUCCAACAAAAGAUACCUUUAUGACCGAGCUUUUGAGCAGAGUUGAUAAGAGAGCAGCUCAACAGACAGAAAGUGGAUCAAGCAAUGUUUCCUGCAGGAGCGUGUCAAAGGGCAGCUCCCAGGGCUCCUGUCGCACCAGCGGCUCCAGCAGCGCUCAAGGAAACCACAAGAAAACCCUCAAAACCAAAGCCGAGGCAGAGAUGCCCAAGGGCUCCCUGGUAAAAGAGACAACUGAAAACCUGCAAGAGGAUGAAGAAGAUACAGUUGUAGAUUCUGCAUUUCAGAGUCACAUCAUAGAAUCCAACUGCCAGAUGAGGACCCUCGACAGUGGGAUCGGAACGUUCCCACUCCCAGACUCGGGGACUCGCUCAGCCGGACGGUACAUAUGCCAGGCAGACCCCUCAGGGGACACCGAGCCUGACCUGUGCCUCCAGCCAGUCCUUUGUGCAGCCCCUUCCAUCCGAGCCCAAACCCUUGAACGAGAAGUGCCUUCUUCCGCCGACAGCCAGGACUUUGCAGACAACGCCAUCGCUCACUCCACGUCCGACCCCACCAUGACUGCCAGGGGGACGCGGCCUCUGCAGAGUCGCCUCCCCAAACCAGCCGCCUCAGGAAAAAUCCAUUCCCAAAAGCAGAAUGACGCCGAGCCACGGCCUCAGACCUGCUCGUCAGUAUGUGCUGAGAACACACUGGCCAGGGAGCUGCUUCCAGACUGGCGGGGUGAAGACCCCCCUGCGGACACCCAGAAAUUGAAACAAGUUGAAGAAACAAAAGAGGACCCUGAGAAUAGAUUAUCUAAAAUUUCCCUGGAGUCGUUCAAUAAAUAUAACAGCAAUACUGUGAUUUUAUUAGAAAAAGACAAGAACUCUCCGAACAAGGUUGAAGGACGAAAGGAAGAAAAGGAAAAAAAUGAAGAGGCAUCUUUGAGUAGCUCAGACCGGCCUGGGGUAGACAAUUUGGAAUCUCUGAGUGAUUCCUUAUAUGAUAGCUUCUCUUCCUGUGCGAGUCAGGGUUCGAAUGAUGCAUAAAGGACUUUUCCCCCUCAGUGAGCUGGAAAUGGAGCACUUAAGAGUCAGGGGUUGGGAGGGGCAGGUAGAGAUGACAACAAUAAACUAUUACAACACCAGAGCCUGCGUUUUCAGGUUCACAGCAAGCAACCCACUGGAGCUUUCUUCUCUGACAGAGCAAUAAAGAUAGAUUCCAUGUGCUGUGUUUCAUAAGGAUUAAAAGUAAACACACCCAUGAUACAGAAGUCUUAAUUUUGCACUUUUUAAAAUAUUUGUACAGAAGUUGUAAAUUUUUUGGAAAAGAAAUUAUAUUUGUAGCAAAAAUAAAUAAAUGGAAUCCGUGCCAUGCUCUUGAAAUGAUGUACUAAGUCUUUUAGAAGUUGAUGAUAAUAUAUUUUUUAAAAUUCCAACUAAAGUUUUUGUCCAGUUCAUCAUCCUAGUGCUUAAAUUGUUUGUGGGUACACUCCGAAAACCUAAAACAGGGCCUGAUAAAACAAACAAACAAACAAAAAAACAGAGGCUAAUUAUAAUCUCCAACUGCCAAUCUUGAUUUGAUAUAAACUUUAAUUCUAGUGCAAUUUCAAAAUUGCUGCCAGAACUAUUCAGGCUUAGUGAUAAGUAUAAUUCUGCUUCUUCUGAGAAGUGUAAAGAGUACUGAAGUGUGCCACUGAUCCGUGGGGAUGCGUAUCAGAAGUGACCUAAUUCUAUUUUCAAUAGCAGAUCUUCUUUCCAAACAUUUCCUUACAGCCUCCUCUACUUUGUCCUUCACUAUGAUGCGGAACAUUUUGGUUGAUUUUUAUUUUCCAGCUCUUUUUAUUAAAAUCUGGGCAAUCUAGAAUGAAAGCAAAUUUCUAUUUACGAUGCUCACUUUUCUAAAAGAAAAAAUUAAUGGUUGGUGCUAUGAAAAAUUCUUACUUUUUAAUAUCCUUUUUUCUACAAAGUGUUUAUAUGUAAGGAUACAUUCUAUUUUAAAGGUUAUGUGUAUUUUUUCUAGAUGUGAACUAUUUAUAAUUGUUUUUGUACAGGAGCUUUGUAAACUAGGCAUAAUAGAAAUAUUUUUAGACUGUAUAAUUACUUUAGUACACACCUGUUUCUUUAAAGACUAUUGUAUGAUCAGUGUUAUGGGGUAAAUUUGUGCAAUUUGUUAUAUUUGAAUUUUAUUGUCUUAAAUGAAAAUUAUGUAACGUGUCAUUCAUUGUCUUUCAGACCUUUAAAAAUUUUUUUUGUUUCAUUUCUGAAUAAAAGUCCUAUCACAAUG